CAGGGAUACAGCACAACGUGACUUGUGAACGCCAAUAGCGAAAUACAAAAUAACAAUAUUCAUAGAUAACAGUGAUAAUAAGGCGCGUCGAGCAUUCAGCCAAGGACAUUCAAACUAGCAAGAAAUCGAUUGGCAAGGAGGCUGUGCUGGGCGAGAGACGUGACCGUUGGGCAGAGACGUCGAGCUCUAAGGCAAAUCGUAGUAUGCGGGCUGAGGCAAUGCGGCCGCGCGGCGUAGCUACACAAGAGCUUGGUUUAACAUCUCCUGACUUCGCGACGACGCGGUUUGGAGGCCACAGGCGGAUACACGGCCACAUCGCGGCCGUAGGGUGGCCUCGACGUCCGCUGCCGGACCGUCACACUGCAAAGCCGAGCACUAGUCCCAUCUUUCAAGUCGUGACUGUGGGGAGGAACUCGCCUAAGCUACUCAAGUCUUCUCGCCCAAGCUCCUCAAGUCUUCUCGCCCUCGGCGCGGACGACAUCGCCAAAGGUAUUUCAAGGACCUGGCUUUGCACGGCCUCCUCCUGUUCAGCUACGUGUAUCCGCCUUGAUCAUGCGCGUCCGGUGGCUUUGCGAAGGGCGAGGCGGUUGUAUGAGGCGGCGAUGAGGCAGUCGGUGAAGAGGGCAUCGUUGGGCAGACCCGCGAAAGGACUUCCAGGGGAUGGCAGAGCUCUAUGUCCCUGUUAGCUAGCAGAUGUUGGAGCAUAGGGAGGGAAUGAGAGCGCUCAGCCCCCGCGAUGCUCCAAGGUGCGUCCACCUGCACUUUCUUCAGUGCCUAAUGUUCUCAUGGUUCCGUUUCGGCACACUCGGAGUGCUGCCUGGCUAGA